AUGAGCAUGUGCAUGACGACUGUAUCAGAUUUCGAUGAUCUGGAAAAUAUUGAAGUUACAGCUAACAAUUCAGCAGAUAUUGUGAAUGUGAUCGAGGAUCUGUUGAAGGACGAGAACAGUCUGACUGAUGCACAGCUGGACAUUAUUAUUGAUAAACUGUCUGCGGUUACUAAGAUCGCAACCUUGACCGCAGUGCUGGCCAGCAGCAUUACUAAUAUACUUUCAAACAUCUGUGAAUAUACAACCAACCUCGGCCAAGUCACCAAUGAAAUACUGUAUAUCACAGACCUCAUGGGAGACAGAACGGUAUUCACAGGAUCUUAUCAUAACAUGACAGCACCUUCAUUGGCACUGCAGCUGAUCAACCCAGACACCUCACAGUUCCACGGCCUCACAUUUGGAGUGUCCUCCUUUCAGACUGGUCUCACCCCUGAGAUAUAUUUCAACAGGGCGUUUUCAGAGCAGACAGACACAGCAGAUGUGGCAUCCAUAUCUUUACCUUCAACUGUAGAGAACUUUUUCCCAAACAGUGAAGCCAUACCUCGUGUCCAGUUCCAUUUUUAUGGCAAAAAAAAUCUCUUUCAGAGCGCUCAAAGCAACAUGAUGCUGAAUUCUUACGUGGUGUCUGCCAGUAUCACCAACGCCACAGUGAGUGACCUUGAGAUUCCAGUGGUGGUCACGUUCCAACAUCUCCAACAAAAAGAGGAUCAGGCCAUUGUCAAAUGUGUCUACUGGGAUUUAAAUAAGAACAAUGGAAUAGGAGGAUGGAACGAUGAAGGAUGUGAGAUUAAGAGGUCUAACGCCACUUACACACUGUGUUACUGUGAUCAUCUCACACAUUUUGGAGUUCUUCUGGAUAUCUCUAAAACCCCAAUAAAUCCAGAAGAUGAGAAGAUUCUAACUGUCAUCUCUUAUCUGGGUUGUGGCGUAUCUUCCAUCUUUCUUGGAGUCACGUUGCUUACCUACGUGGCCUUUGAGAAACUGAGGAGGGACAAUCCAUCAAAGAUCCUUAUUAACCUCUCAGUGGCCUUGCUAGGGCUGAACAUGUUUUUCCUGGUAAACUCCUGGUUUGCCUCUUUAGACAGCGAUGGGCUCUGUAUUGCUGUCGCUGCCAUUCUGCAUUACUUCCUCUUGGCUGCCUUUACCUGGAUGGGACUAGAGGCCAUCAAUAUGUAUCUGGCCUUGGUCAAGGUCUUUAAUGCAUAUGUACCUUCUUACAUCCUUAAAUUCUGUGCUCUUGGAUGGGGUUCACCUCUGAUAGUUGUGAGUUUGGUACUUGCCAUUGACACAGAAUCUUAUGGCAGCAGUGUUACCAGAACACUUCUUGAGAAAUCCACUCCCUUUUGCUGGAUAAAGAAUGAUGUGACUUUUUACACAACGGUGGUUUCAUUCGUGAUCCUGAUACUGGUCUGUAAUAUUGGCGUGUUCACUGUGGUGCUCGUGCAGAUCCGCAAAAUGCAGGUCAAUAAGCCCACCGGCAGCAGAAAAGGACUACUGCACGACCUGCGUGUGGUGAUCAGCCUCACCUUCCUGCUGGGACUGACCUGGUUACCAGCCUUCUUUGCUUGGGGUCCUGCCAAAACACCUCUCCUAUACCUGUUCUCCAUCCUAAACAGUCUUCAAGAUUGGAGCCGCUCUGUGUCAUUGGGGGCCAAAGUAAAAGGAGGUCUGCAAGUAUCACCAUGUAUAAAGUCAGAGACCACCAGUGACAGGAAGAUCUCUGAGUGCUCACACUCAGGGUCCAGUCACGAUCAGGUUUGCUUGACGCAGAACAGGAAGAAGUCUUCUGUGUAA